GCUGUCUGUGUUGCAUCAGGAGAUCCCGACACUGCUGCAUGGAGAAGAUGGCUGACUCCUGCCCAACUACCUGAUCCCGACUAUGCUGAACUCGCUGACUCAGGUGAAUUUCGCUUUCAAUCCAUCGACUCCAAGUUAUCCAUUGCCUUGCAGAAUAUGGUGGAUGCUGCGGGUGAAGUGGCAUUCGAAGUCAGAGUCAAGAUAAGGCAAAGGAGUCAAGUGCUUGGGAGAGAAGGCAAUUUCUUGAUGGGCAGGGAGAUUUUGGCAAUGAUCCUCGAUUUCAGAACGACAUCUAAAGAUGAAGUGUUAUUCAAUGCCAGCCACAUCUACAAGUUACAAUAUCGUGGUGACAAAGAGAUGGACAAGUUCCUCAACGCAUGGAUUGAAAUCAUUGCGAAUAUGAAGGUUGAGGGCAUACCAUCUGACAACACCUUACGUAGGGACAAUGAUGACAAGAAGAAGACCUACAAAGAGCUAUUGGAGAUCAUGAAGAGACACAUUGCUCGUGUGCGUGAGGAGAGGAACAUUGCAGCAAGAGACAAAUUUGCCACGGACUAUGCUGACCUUGGCAAACCGACGACUCCUGCACCGAAGCCUGCCGCACCUACACCGGCUCCAAAGGACGGUAAGACCGGAAAACUGAGUGCUCCUGCACCCAAAGGAAGGAGGGACCACAACUUCUAUGGAUGGCUGAAGGGCGACUGCAAGAAGGGUGACAAGUGUACCUUCAAACACGACCCCAGCAUGAAGGGCAAGAAGGCUGCACCUUCAACCAAGACUACUGACGCUAAGGCCACUCCAGCGUUGGUCCGAGAGUACGAUGACGAUUUCAUGGUGAGUGCGAUGCCAAGUGAGAAGAUGGUCAAGAUAGAUGUCAAAUUCAAUGAGCAGGUGGACAAGUUUGAGUACGUGAAGCCUGACUUCGUGGAGUGCUCGAAUCAUAGGCCAAGGAGAAACCUGUCAAGAGCUCAGAAACGGUCAUUGACGUGCAGGGCUACUCAAGAAAUCAUGAACGACCAGCAAUGGGUGUUACAAUCUAAGUUGGGUAUGACACGAGCACGUACAAUUGGCAUAUUGAUGGAUGAGUUCAAUGAGUUUUCAGACGUUGUUGGAGUGCAUAUCAUCCUGGGCCCCAAGAGUGACAUCAAACUCAAAAUCAACAGCCAUGAUCACUUGGAGGACAAUCCUCGUGCAGAGAUGUGCUAUGAGGAGGUCAUUCCUCAUGCUGAGUUGGUUAUGAAGGUGUUGGGUCUCAUGGGCAACAGCACAGCUUCAAGGACGAUAUUCCUUGGUGGUGAAAGUGGUGACGAAAUGUCUGAAUCGGAUGACGGAGUUGGUACGUACGUCAAACAGAAGACCACCAACCGUGUUGAGCUUCAAGAAGAAGAGUUCAAUCGCAUGAUGGACGACAUGGACAUCAAGCUCGACAAGGAGAAAAGUGAUGAAGCUGAAGUUGUUGGUGAACCUCCCGCCAGUUACAGUCCUGAAGAAUGGAGGGCAUUGCCCGCCAAGGAGAGGGAUGUCAUCAUUCGUCGUGGACAGCUAGAAGCUGAGGCCGAAAAGCUCAAAGAGAUCAAGUUGAAGAAGGAGAAAGAGAAAAAGGCCAAAGCCGAAUCUGCCGAGAAGAAGAAGUCCGAAGCAAAUUCACACAAAGAUCCACCCAAAGAUGGAGGACGAAAGAAGAAGAAAAAGAGUAAUAGAGAAUUGAAGGAGAGCUCAAGCAAAGAUGGCAGCAAGGACGCUGCUGUUGGCGUGGGGACGCUCCGAGGGGAUUGGAUAUGCAUUCCUGCGACCCAUGAACCGAGGAAGUUGAACCAUGUCGAGGAUCAUGGCGAUCGGGCAUGCUCAACAGCGACCCGUGAUGCUAAUGGUCUCAUCAACUUCAAGAAGUACAACAAUGAUGUUUUGGCAGGGAAGUUCCGGUUUGGCAAGACCAUUCUGAUCACGGACCUCGUCUACAAGUGCAGCUCGAAUGCAAGGGGAAUGACCAACAUCCAGUAUGGGCUCGAUGAGAUGGGCUAUGCCAUCACGGUCAUCGACAUCAACAGCUUCAAAGGUGUGACCAAAGCCCAGAAAUUCCUCAAUGCAGUUGAACACUUGAAGAGAAACGUGAUGCCGGACAUCGCGGCAGAGGAGAACGUGACGAUCCAUUUUUGGAUAUUAUUUUCAUUUCUCAUCACUGACCACCACCCAUAUCAUGUGUGGGUUGAACGAAACUUCACUGAACGACUGGCCGAGGCAAUUCGAGAAGUCGACAAGAUGGCGACGAGACCAAUCUUCGUGUCGCUGUGCAAGAACUCCAGGUUUCAUGGUAUUCCAUCUGGUAUCCAAGACAUUGCUAUGGACACGGCAGACAUCUUGAGAAGCUUUGGAAUCAUGGUCACCACUGGUGAUGGAAUGUGGAGAUUGAUGUAUGGUCAUGCUGGCAACCACUACAUGAACAACCACCAAAUGCCAGAUCGACUGGGAGUUUUCGCCACCAUUGAGAAAUUCUUGUUCAGACAGCGGGUACUGUUGAUGUGCUCUCUGAACGUCGCGCUAUCGCACUUCGGAACGGUCAGAGUUCCCAGGGAUCGCGUGAAGCAGAUCUUCACUGGAAAACGUGGGAGACAAUAUGUCGUUAUUCGAGAAGAGUUCCCAUUGGAGACCGAGAAGGGCACAUUCGAACGAUUUGCAUAUCGUGCAGAUCCGGGUGAGCUACUUGCAGGCCUGGAGGCAUCGCUCACAACAUCUUCCAUGGAACGACAAGAUCGACAACAACUCCCAACACCAAGAGAG